AUGCUCCAGACCCCAGGUGUGAGCGAAUCACAUCUGACACAUAUAACACUGAUAACAGCAGUCAUUGAGAGAGAAUACCGGCCUCUGCUGGACACUUUUGGACAUGACUGCUUCUCAUCUACAUAUCUGCGGUUUCAGUGUGAAGCACCAAAUCCACUGAAGAGGCCAGAUAAUAUCAGGACGGCUGUGAAGAAUGAAGAGAAAUACUCUUCAAAGUUGCCUUCAGAGAGAGACUCAGAGAAAGUGAAACUGAAACUUGAUCAGCAACAAUAUGGACGCCUGAAACGAUCAAACUCUAUAAACAACAGAAUAUUUAGCUGUUUAAAGGCACUUGUGGACACAUCUGAUACUCACAGUUCACUGUCUGAGGAGAUUCAGUGCUCGAUAUGUCUGGAGGUGUUCACUGAUCCAGUCACGACUCCAUGUGGACACAACUUCUGCAAGAUCUGUCUGAAUAAGUGCUGGAACAACAGCCAGACCUGCAGCUGUCCAUACUGUAAAGAAACAUUCAAGCAAAGACCUGAUCUCAAGAUUAAUACCACACUCCGAGAGCUCAUAGAUCACUAUAAGAAGAAAAGUCCUGAGAAAACAGCUGAAGUUCUGUGUGACGUCUGUGAGGAAAGAAAGCAGAAAGCCCUGAAGUCGUGUCUGGUGUGUCAGAGCUCUUACUGUGAAACUCAUCUGGAGCCUCAUUUGAGAGUGACAGGUUUGAAGAAACACAAACUGAUGGAUCCUGUGAGUAAUCUGGAGGACUAUAUAUGUCAGAAACAUGAGAGACCUCUGGAUCUGUUCUGUAGAGAUGAUCAGACGUGUGUGUGUUCGAUCUGCUCUGUGACAGACCACAAGAACCACAACAUUGUUCCCAUAGAAGAGGAGAGUGAAGAGAAGAAGACUGAAGUGAUGAAGACACAGAAAGACGUGAUCCAGGACAGAAUCAAGAAGAUUCAAGACAUCAAACACUCAGCAGAAGUCAGAAACCCGUCCGGUCUGAGCGGCCCUAGUCGUUCAGGUCAAGGUCAGUGUGGGAAGGAGCCGUGGAAGAUGAUGGCGAGCGUUUCCCUCACUGAAGACGUCCAGCUGAAUAAAGGAGAGAAGGCCUGGAAACCAUCAGAGAAGCGCAGCGUCCACGCAGGUGAGGACGAGCCUGAGUUCUUGAAGACGCAGGAGCUGUUCAGACGCGUGAGCAGCGUGUUGAACAAACUGACGCCGCAGACGUUCCAGUCGCUGAUGAAGCAGGUGACAGAACUGACCAUCGACACAGAGGAGCGCCUGAAAGGAGUGGUCGAGCUCAUCUUCGAGAAGGCCAUUUCUGAGCCCAACUCCUCUGUCGUCUACGCCAACAUGUGCCGCUGCCUCAUGGGGCUGAAUGUUCCCACCACGGAUAAACCUGGAGUGACGUUCAAUUUCAGGAAGCUGCUGCUGAAUCGUUGUCAGAAAGAGUUUGAGAAGGACAAAAAUGAUGAAACAUUUGAGAAGCAGAAGGAGCUGGAUGCUGCCACAGGGGAAGAGGAGAAGCAGAGGUUGAAGGAGGAGCCCGAGGACGCUAAAGACAAAGCCCAGCAACGGUCGCUAGGCAACAUCAAGUUCAUUGGGGAGCUGUUCAAGCUGAAGAUGCUGACGGAGCCCAUCAUGCACGACUGCGUCGUCAAACUGCUGAUGAAGCAGGACGAGGAGAGUCUGGAGCGUCUCUGCUGCCUGCUGUCCACCAUCGGGAAAGAUCUGGACCAUGAGAAGGCCAAGCCCCGAAUGGAUCAAUAUUUUAUCAAGAUGGAGAAAAUUAUUAAGGAGCAGAAAACCUCUCCCAGAAUUUGCUUCAUGCUGCAGGACUUGCUUGAUUUACGACGGCUAAAUCUAAUGUCAUCCUCCAUUAGUUCACUGUCUGAGGAGAUUCAGUGCUCGAUAUGUCUGGAGGUGUUCACUGAUCCAGUCACGACUCCAUGUGGACACAACUUCUGCAAGAUCUGUCUGAAUAAGUGCUGGAACAACAGCCAGACCUGCAGCUGUCCAUACUGUAAAGAAACAUUCAAGCAAAGACCUGAUCUCAAGAUUAAUACCACACUCCGAGAGCUCGUAGAUCACUAUAAGAAGAAAAGUCCUGAGAAAAGUCCUGAGAAAACAGCUGAAGUUCUGUGUGACAUCUGUGAGGAAAGAAAGCUGAAAGCCCUGAAGUCGUGUCUGGUGUGUCAGAGCUCUUACUGUGAAACUCAUCUGGAGCGUCAUUUGAGAGUGACAGGUUUGAAGAAACACAAACUGAUGGAUCCUGUGAGUAAUCUGGAGGACUAUAUAUGUCAGAAACAUGAGAGACCUCUGGAUCUGUUCUGUAGAGAUGAUCAGACAUGUGUGUGUUCAAUCUGCUCUGUGAAAGACCACAAGAACCACAACACUGUUCCUAUAGAAGAGGAGAGUGAACAGAAGAAGACUGAAUUGAUGAAAAUACAGAGAGACGUGCAGCAUAUGAUCCAGGACAGAAUCAAGAAGAUUCAAGACAUCAAACACUCAGCAGAAGCCAGAACCAGAAACACAGAGAAGGAGAAAGCAGCCCGUGUCGAGCUCUUCACUGAUCUCAUCCGCUCCAUUGAGAGAUGUCAGACUGAACUGCUGGAGAUGAUGGAGGAGCAGCAGAAAGCAGCAGAGAAACAGGAGCAAGAGCUGAUUGAAGAGCUGGAGCAGGAGAUCACUGAGCUAAAGAUGAGAAACACUGAGCUGGAGCAGCUCUCACACACUGAAGAUCACCUCCACCUCCUACAGAUUCACUCAUCCCUGUGCAGCCCUAGAAACACCAGGAACUGGCCUGAGAUCAGUAUGAAGACUCAUGAGAGUCUGGAGACUCUGAGGAGAGCUCUGAACCAACUGAAGGACACUAUAGAUGACAAACUCACACAAACUGGUACAUCAAUACAUACACUGAUCAGAUAGAAACAUGAUGUUGUGCACAAUUCUUUAAAUAUAACCUUCAGGUCUGAUUAUGUUUUAUUGUCAUGUGUCUCUACAGAGCUGAAGUGGAUGCAGCAGUAUGCAGUGGAUGUGACUCUGGAUCCUGAUACAGCUCAUCCUGAACUCAUUCUGUCUGAUGAUGGAAAACAAGUGAGACACGGAGACAUUAGACAGAAACUCCCAGACAAACCAGAGAGAUUUGAUACAUGUGUAAAUGUCUUGGGAAAGGAGGGAUUCUCUUCAGGGAGAUUUUAUUUUGAGGUGCAAGUGAAGGGAAAGACUGAAUGGGAUUUAGGAAUCGUUCGUCUGCAUUCAAAGCCACCGUCCGGUCUGAGAGGCCCUAGUCGUUCAGGUCAAGGUCAGUGUGGGAAGGAGCCGUGGAAGAUGAUCGCGAGUGUUUCCCUCACUGAAGACGUCCAGCUGAAUAAAGCGGAGAAGGCCUGGAAGCCAUCAGUGAUGCGCAGCGGCCAUGUCGAUGAAGACGACCCUGAGACGCUGAAGACGCAGGAGCUGUUCAGACGCGUGAGCAGCGUGUUGAACAAACUGACGCCGCAGACGUUCCAGCCGCUGAUGAAGCAGGUGACAGAACUGACCAUCGACACAGAGGAGCGCCUGAAAGGAGUGGUCGAGCUCAUCUUCGAGAAGGCCAUUUCUGAGCCCAACUCCUCUGUCGUCUACGCCAACAUGUGCCGCUGCCUCAUGGGGCUGAAUGUUCCCACCACGGAUAAACCUGGAGUGACGUUCAAUUUCAGGAAGCUGCUGCUGAAUCGUUGUCAGAAAGAGUUUGAGAAGGACAAAGAUGAUGAAACAUUUGAGAAGCAGAAGGAGUUUGAUGCCGCCACAGGGGAAGAGGAGAAGCAGAGGUUAAAGGUGGAGCUCGAGGACGCCAAAGACAAAGCCCAGCAACGGUCGCUAGGCAACAUCAAGUUCAUUGGGGAGCUGUUCAAGCUGAAGAUGCUGACGGAGCCCGCCAUGCACGACUGCGUCGUCAAACUGCUGAAGAAGCGGGACGAGGAGAGUCUGGAGCGUCUCUGCUGCCUGCUGUCCACCGUCGGGAAAGAUCUGGACCAUGAGAAGGCCAAGGUGACACGCUCAUUACAUACGUUUUUAAAAAAUUGGGACUGUGGUUCUGUGGUUCUGAGGAAUGGAGAUGAAUAUAAAGCCUGUGAUGAUCCUCGUGUCUCUCUGUCUCUGAGAGUGAAGCCGCAGCGGGUCGGUGUGUUUGUGGAUUAUGAGGAGGGUCUGGUCUCCUUUUAUGAUGUAGAGUCCAGCUCUCAUAUCACUGACAAACUUCAAAAAUCCAUUAUUAAAUCACUAGGGACAAAUAAAGUAUUGUAUUAGAAUCACUGAAUAAUAUCAAGCACAUCCGUGCUUCAUUAUGUCAUUUUUUUAACACACAUGGUGCUAAAAUAAUGCAAUAAACAUUAAUUUAACAUAAAUUGUAACAUAAAACCCUAAUGUACAUAACUGAUCAAAU